CGGGAUUGUUACAUUGAUGCUGUCAAAACUGGUGAUGGCAUGUGUCCUGGUUGUAAAGAGUCUUACAAGAACACCGAUUUGGCUGAGAAUGCUGUGGAUCCUUCUGGACGACCUCUGUCUUUACCUUCAAACGUUGGGAUGUCUAAAAUGGAGCGGAGGUUGUCGUUGAUGCGAUCAGGUAAUAAGUCAGCGAUAAUAAGAAGCCACUCAGGGUUGAUGAGGAGUCAAACAGGGGAUUUUGAUCAUAAUAAAUGGUUAUUCGAGACAAAAGGGACGUAUGGAUAUGGAAAUGCAAUAUGGCCAAAGGAUGAGGGAUUUGGAAAUGACAAAGAAGAUCGUGUUGGUGAGCCUUCUGAACUUCUGAACAAGCCUUGGAGGCCGCUUACACGUAAACUAAAAAUACCGGCUGGAGUUCUUAGCCCAUACCGGCUCUUGAUUCUUAUUCGUGUUGUUGUUCUUGGAUUAUUUCUUCAAUGGAGGAUCACCCAUCCAAACAAUGAUGCUAUAUGGUUAUGGUAUAUGUCCAUAAUCUGUGAGAUUUGGUUUGCAAUCUCUUGGCUACUUGACCAGCUUCCAAAGUUAUGCCCCGUCAACCGUGCUACUGAUCUUAAUGUUUUGAAAGAAAAAUUUGAAACACCAACUCCUACCAAUCCCACAGGAAAAUCUGAUCUUCCAGGUAUAGACAUUUUUGUCUCUACUGCAGAUCCUGAGAAAGAGCCACCACUAGUCACUGCAAACACGAUACUGUCUAUCCUUGCUGCUGAUUACCCUGUUGAAAAGCUUUCGUGCUAUAUUUCUGAUGAUGGAGGUGCUCUUCUGACGUUUGAAGCAAUGGCUGAAGCUGCAAGUUUUGCCAACAUUUGGGUCCCAUUUUGUCGUAAACAUGAUAUUGAACCAAGGAACCCAGAAACCUACUUCAGCUUGAAGAAAGACCCUUACAAGAACAAAGUACGUCAAGAUUUUGUCAAGGACCGCAGACGGGUGAAGCGUGAAUAUGAUGAAUUUAAGGUUCGAAUCAAUAGCCUCCCUGAUUCAAUUCGUCGGCGUUCUGAUGCCUAUAAUGCUCGAGAAGAAAUCAAGGCCAUGAAGCUUCAGCGAGAGGCAGCUGGGGAUGAGCUUUUGGAACCCAUCAAGAUAACAAAGGCCACUUGGAUGGCAGAUGGGACCCACUGGCCUGGCACUUGGAUGGUUUCUGCUCCUGAGCACUCUAGGGGUGAUCAUGCAGGAAUCAUACAGGUUAUGUUAAAACCUCCAAGUGAUGAACCCUUACAUGGAACCUCUGUUGAUGAUGGUCUAAUUGAUUUAACAGAAGUUGAUAUUCGGCUUCCCUUGCUGGUAUAU